CCAGCCUUGGAUUUCAGGCGGCAGCGAGCCCCCGGCCGGCGGCGCCCGCGAUGGCCUUGUGUCUCAAGCAAGUCUUCAACAAAGACAAAACCUUCCGGCCCCGCAAGAAGUUUGAGCCGGGCACCCAGCGCUUCGAGCUGUACAAGAAAGCCCAGGCCUCCCUCAAGUCGGGGCUGGACCUGAAGGCGGUGGUGCAGCUGCCUCCUGGGGAGAGCAUCAACGACUGGAUUGCCGUGCACGUGGUGGACUUCUUCAACCGCAUCAACCUCAUCUACGGCACCAUGUCGGAGUACUGCACGGAGAAGAGCUGCCCCAUCAUGUCUGGGGGACUCAAGUACGAGUACAGGUGGCAGGACGACAACAAAUACAAGAAGCCAACCAAGCUGUCAGCUCCAAAGUACAUGUGCAUGCUGAUGGACUGGAUUGAGAUGCUCAUUAACAAUGAGGACAUCUUUCCCACGAGGAUUGAAAGAAAUGACAGAACGAAUUUGUCACUGAAGCCUUUCGGCAGGUGAGCUCAGCUGGCUCCUCCGGACUCUGCUGGGACAAGGCACCCAGUGGUGGCAGACCUCUUCCUAAGCACUUGCCCUGGGCAUCUCAACUCAAUGACUUUGAACACUGCAGAAGAGCCUUUUCAGGCCAGGGCUGAAUCCUAAGCCUGCAGCCAAGCACCUCUGGACAGAUGUAUUGUUUUUUAAUAGAUCCUAGUCUCUGUUGUAUGUCUCCUGCCUUGGAAAGCCACUGACUUACUGGAGAAUGAGGCAAGUUUGGUUGACUUUUGCACACUCUGGUUUCUAAGUCUCAAUCUCCUAUCUGCAAACAUUUCUUCAGCCACAUUGCUGGAAGGUGUCCAGAGAAGGGCAACAAAGCUGGGGAGGGGUUUGGAGCACAGCCCUGUGAGGAG